AUGCAACAGGAAGGUUCUCCCGAUGGUUCCACUAAGAGGUAUCUGAAGGACACUGUCGCAAGUUCGGCUAAAAGACUCAGGUCAGGUGAAAAACAAGUAAGUUUUGAAAGUUUUGUUUUGCUUAUUUUUGAAGCAAUGACUUUUUUCAAUUUUUUUUUCAUAAUAGCUUUUUUUCUUAUGACUUUCGAUUUUCGUGCUCACAUGACAAUUCUAAACAUGAUUAAAAGUAGAAAUAUCGAUGUAACCCUAUACUUUGUUUCAAUUUCAGCCGGAAAGUAGGUUCGACAAGGCUCAGAGAACAGUUGGGCGAAUUUUCGGCUACCGACGUGUGGCUCCAGGUGAAAAUCUUGGAAUGCAAAUGUUUCAAAAACUUGACUUUCCUGCCUUCGAAAUCGUAUUCAAAUUUGAAACAAAACUACUUUUUCUCAUACCCACGAUUCAAUCACAUCAAUUAUUUUUAGUUGAUCCUACGAACGAAUCAAUGGCAUUCAUGACAGUAUCUGGAGCUGUGAUGAAUACUGAUGAUAAUUCUCCUCACAUAAAAGGUUUCUGAAUCAAAUUAUUCAAACUUUAUAAAUUAAAUUACUGAUGCGCUUUAUCGUCUUUUUCAAAAUACAUUUCCUGCUGAUAAGUUUAAAUUUCCAGCCACUCUCGCCGGGAAGAAAAAGUCUCCAGUUCCUUCUAAGCCGAAGAUGAUUCCACUCGAAGGUAUUGACCACAGAACCCCUUCUGGACGACAGAACUUUUUCGAGCAGGUACCCUCUUUUCCUAACUUUCUUAACGGAAAAAAAUAUUUGAAGGUUUGCUACUUGAUGUACACGAAAGGGCUUUUCGAAGAAGCAGCUGUCGAAAAGGAAAAAGCGUGA